AGGGACUCUUAUCUCCGUGUUUUAUUAACCUUUUGCUAUUGGUGCUAAAGUUAACACUCUUUCCAUUCAGAGAAAGAGAAUACUAUACGAGUAUGUCAGUAUGACAACCCUCAAGACGUUCCGAUAAAGGGUGAUUCCAACGAAGUGAGCUAACAGAGCUAGCCUGGAAGCUAACAGCAGUUAGCAUGGAGGAAGUGAAGAACGACAUCAGUGAAGAAGUCCAGCAGUUGGUGUUGAAAGAUGAAGAGGAUCUCCUUGAGGAGCAGGAGAGGAGCUCCAGCCUGAAGCAGAAUGAGCCACCAGAACCGGCACACAUUAAAGAGGAACAAGAGGAACUGUGGAUCAAUAAGGAGAGAGAGCAGCUUCAAGGAGCAGAGGGGGCUAAUAACCUUUUCACUCUUGUCACUGUGAAGAACGAAGAAGUGGAUGAAGAAAAAUCUCAGAACUCACAGCCUCAUGAAAACCAAAGUGGAGAGAACAGAGACACAGAGUGUUUUAAAACAGAAGCUGAUGGAGAGGACUGUGGAGGAUCAGAAGGAGACAGAGACUUAAAUGCAGAUGGUCAUUUUCCUCCAGUUACUCCUGAUGAGACUUCAGACCUUUCUGGAUCUGAGACUGAUGACAGUGCUGAUUGGGAGGAGAGUGAUGAACAUCAAGAAGGUUUAAACUAUCAGAAAAAUAAGGACAGAUCUGUAAGUGAUAUGAAAUGUAACACUGGAAACACACCACAUAGGGCCUCUGAAUGUCAUCCAAGUUGUGCACAAAAGAAACAAGAAAAGAAUCAGAAAGGAGAGAAGGAAUUCAGUUGUUCAGUUUGUAGUAAAAGAUACAGGAGUGAUCAAAAUGUAAAGCAUCAUAUGUUGCGUCAUUCAGAAGAAAAACCUUUCAACUGCUCAGUUUGUCAGAGAAGUUUCUUCAGGAAAAGUGAGAUUGAGAUGCACAUGAGGGUCCACACAGGGGAGAGACCAUUUUGUUGCUCAGUUUGUGGUAAAAGAUACCGAAGUAAGAAAAAUUUAAAGGAGCAUAUGUUACGUCAUUCAGAAGAAAAACCUUUCAACUGCUCAGUUUGUCAGAGGAGUUUCAUCCGGAAAAGCGAGAUUGAGAGGCACAUGAGGGUCCACACAGGGGAGAAACCAUUUAUUUGUUCAGUUUGUGGUAAAAGAUACCCAGGAAACAGAAAUUUAAAGAACCAUAUGUUACGUCAUUCGGGAGAAAAACCUUUCAGCUGCUCAGUUUGUCAGAGGAGGUUUUUCUGGAAAAAAGAGAUUGUGAGGCACAUGAGAGUUCACACAGUGAAGAAACCUUUUAGUUGUUCAGUCUGUGAUCUAAGUUUUUUUUGCCAUGAAAAGCUGAGGAAACACUGUGCUGUUCACACAGGGGAGAAACCAUUUAGUUGUUCAGUCUGUGGUAAAGGUUUUUCUCUUAAUGGAAAUCUGAGAAAACAUUCUCUUGUCCACACUGGAGAGAAACCAAUUGGCUGUUCAGUUUGUGGUAAAACUUUUUCUGCUAAGAGAAAUCUGAGAAUACACUCUGUUGUCCACACAGGAAUGAAACCAUUUCUGUGUUCAGUUUGUGGUAAGAGUUUUUCUCAACGUGGAAGCCUGAGAAAACACUCUUUUAUCCACACAGGGGAGAAACCGUUUAGUUGUUCUGUUUGUGGUAAAAGUUUUUCACAACGUGAACAUUUGAGGGCUCAUGCAGUCGUCCACACAGGGGAAAGACCGUUUUGUUGUUCAGUUUGUGGAAAAAAAUAUUCUCAUCAUAAAAAUCUGAGAAGACAUAGCUGUCCACAAAAGGGAGAAACUGUGUAGUUGCAGUUUUUGUGAUAUGACAUUCAUUUGACUUCAAUAUGUAAAAAAUCUCCAGUGUGUUCAUAAGGGCAACAGAUAUGAAAUGUAAUCUGAGGAUACUCAUCAUAUGUGAACUUAAAAGUACUGGUACAAGUCUAACAUUUGCUGCAUUAAUAUAUGAUUUCAAAACCAAAUGACUUGAUGUUUUCCUGAGAACACAUUUAUAGAGUUGAAGGGCUCUCUGAGUGCUUAAUCAAUCUCUGGUGUGCUGAAUAUUUUGUUUAUAAAUGGUUCAACAGGUCUGGUUAAAAUUUUAAAUUCCCAUCUCCAUACAGCAGUCAGAUGUGACAUGAUUGUAAAUAUAGAGUUUUUAAAAUCUGUAAUUAUUCUCAAAUAUGCCAUUGUUAUUUUUAG